AUGUCCCUAAAAGGUCAUACAAACCUGGCAGAGAUUGAGCAGUGGUUGGAUCUUCGCUGGUGCAAUGGCGUUUCUCCUGACAAAAUCGUGUUGGGCUUUAGCUUCUACGGCCGCAGUUUCACCAUGGAGGAUACGAAAUGUACUACACUACCGAACUGCCGAUUCCCUAGCGCAGGCUUUGCCGGAGACUGCACUCUCGAAGCCGGAAUAUUGUCCUACUCAGAAGUUCAAGGGCAUAAGAGUUGGCUCGGAUCUCAGGUGUACUAUGAUGAGCAAUAUUCUGUGAAUUGGAUGGUGUAUGGGCCCGACCAAUGGAUCCAGUAUGAUGAUGAUGAUGAUGAUGAAGAGUCUUUUGAAGCCAGAAAGCGGUGCAUAUUCUCCAAAUGCUUGACAAAGUUGAAACUCUGGUGGCUCGAUCUUGAUAUCCAAGAUCACCCAACUAUGACCGCUCUCUUUAGAGAAGAAGUUAUGGAAAAGAUGCCGAUAAAAAGAUCUGGACUUGAUGCUGGUGAAGCCGGUCGACUCGCGUUUGAUCUUUCAGCAUACACAGUAGGCCGCAAGGAGAGGUCCAUCAUCACGACAAAACAGACUACACUGAACUCGGUCUCCGAUCGUGCGGUGAGAACCAUCCGACUGUACUGCAGCCACCCCGCCGAUUCUAAAAGGUUUCGCAAAACCUUCUACAAGGGCGCCGAAGACACUACCAUCAGACUUUCUCCCCUUGUCAAUGAAGGUCCGUGGGCUCGCAUGAUACGGAUGAUGCCUGGGUCUACAUUAAGGCUGCCUGCAUGGGCGAUUCCUAAGCGAGGAUUGACAGCAUGCAAAAAUGGAAUUUACGUACUCAAUCUCGACUACAAUUUCCACCUAAUCAAGCGAGAUGACAAACCGGUCAAUCUGCGUGUCGACUAUACUAACAUCCUUUCCUAUUGGGAUGGAAUCAUUGAUUCACGGUCAAAAAGUCGCAAACUUGGCAAAGCCAAUAACUCGGAGAAAGUCAAGAAGCGGGCUUCGCCUAGUGAUAUACAAAUCGCUCAAAUCCAUGGCGUGGUUGCUGCUGAGGAUGCAUACCAGCUUGGCCGCCGAUGGUUCGACACUUUUGUAAGGAGGCUGGAUAAACUCAACAAGAUCAUCAAGACAGGUGGCGGCGUUCUUAAGAUGGGAUUUUCCAGAGCCAUGACGCGGUAUAGCGGUUGCCUGAAGUGUUUCAACGGACAAACUACCAUUACCGCUGGCCUGGACAUCACCGCUGACUUCAACAUGAAAAUGGACGCCAAGUACUCAUACUAA